CAGCAUGAAAAGUCUCUCAUUUUCAUUAUCACAUUUCACCAUCAUAAUAUAGAAGAGAGUAUAUCCCUAUGCUUUUUCUUCUGUCAGUUUCUUUCUCCACAAUUAUGGCUUUGUUAUCUCAGCCAAUUCUCAAAACAAACUUACAGAUUUUUUAGUUUUCUUUAUAUACCCUUUUUUUUUCUUCUAAUAAUAAAAAAGUCUUUCUCACCACUCUCCUCUGUUUUCUUCUCCAUAAUUAUGGGUCCUCAGCAAAACAUUUCUUCUUUAUUUCUCAUUUUCUCCGUACUCUUCGUUGUUGCCGCCGCCGAUUGCUCUAAUGGAACAUGCAAGCUCGAUGAUAAAUGCUCAUCAGACGCAGAUUGUGGGCCUGGGCUUUAUUGUUUAUCUUGUACCCUAUCCUUUCAAGGCCACAGAUGUGUUAGAUCAACUGGCACUGAUCCGUUUAAGUUAGUGAAUAGUUCUUUGCCAUUCAACAAGUAUGCAUUUCUGACGACCCAUAAUGCUUUUGCAAUUGAGGGAGAGCCAUCACAUACUGGGAUACCUAGAGUAACUCCCACCAAUCAAGAAGAUAAUAUUACUCAACAGCUCAAUAAUGGUGUUCGGGGUUUAAUGCUUGAUACUUAUGAUUUCGACGGGGCUAUAUGGUUGUGUCACUCAUUCGGAGGCCAAUGUCAUGACUAUACGGCAUUUGAACCAGCAAUUGACACAUUGAAGGAAAUUGAAGGGUUUUUAUCAGCAAAUCCAUCAGAAAUUGUGACAUUGAUAUUGGAAGAUUAUGUAGAGACUCCAAAUGGUUUGACCAAAGUGUUUACAGAUGCAGGACUAAUGAAAUAUUGGUUUCCUGUGGCAAAAAUGCCUAAAGGUGGUCAAGACUGGCCACUUGUGAGUGACAUGGUAACUAAUAACCAAAGACUAAUUGUUUUUACUUCCGUCAAAUCUAAAGAACAGAGUGAAGGGAUUGCUUACCAAUGGAAUUACAUGGUCGAAAAUCAAUAUGGGGAUGGAGGAAUGGAAAAAGGAAAUUGCCCUAAUCGCGCAGAGUCAUCAGCUAUGAAUGAUAAAAGUAAAUCAUUGGUGUUGGUAAAUUACUUUAGGACACUUCCAUUGAAGCCAUUAGCUUGUGUUCAAAACUCAGGGCACCUCCUUGACAUGCUUAUGACUUGUCACGAUGCUGCUGCUAAUCGAUGGGCUAAUUUUAUCGCUGUUGAUUUUUACAAGAGAAGUGAAGGAGGAGGUGCAUUUUUAGCAACAGAUACCCUCAAUGGGCAGCUGUUAUGCAAUUGUGGUGAUGUACAUUCUUGUGCGGGAUCUACCCCAGGCAGCUGCACUCGAUCAUGACCAGGAAAAUUAAUAAUCUUUAAAAAAUAAGCAACUUCCUUUACUUUUAAUUUUAAUCUAUAGGAAAAAUUGAUGGGCAUAGUUACUUCUUGAUGUUCAUGGAGUUAUUGUGUAUUAUAUGAGCAACAAAUUUUCAAAGAUGCGUUUUGUACCUUUGAAGAGAGAAAAUAUAAAUGAACAGAAAAAUGUCUGUUUUAUCCUUUAUUCUUGUGGUAAAUGAUCU